AUGGUUGCCAGAGGAGAUCUUGGAGCAGAGCUGCCAAUUGAACAGGUUCCAUUGUUGCAGGAAGAGAUUAUCAGGAUUUGUCGUAAUCUGGGGAAAGCUAUUAUUGUGGCAACAAAUAUGCUGGAAAGCAUGAUUGAAGAGGAUACUCUGUCUUUGUUGCAAAUGCUCUGUCUUUGUAAAUGCUCUGUCUUUAUUGCAAAAGCUCUGCCUUUGUUGCAGACAACAUACGGAUCUGCGCUGUCACAAACAACUGCACGCUUCAAGGACCGUCUUGUAAGCCGAUCAGAGGAUGCUGAUGAGCUCAUAGAGCUCCGGAAACAAAGUGAGAACGAAAUGAAACGUUGCCUCACCUGGUGGGACCUUAUCUGGUUUGGGUUUGGCUCUGUCAUUGGAGCCGGCAUCUUUGUGCUCACUGGCCAAGAGGCCCAUGAUCAUGCCGGACCGGCCAUUGUCUUAUCCUAUGUCGCAUCAGGUGUCUCAACAAUGCUUUCAGUUUUCUGCUACACGGAAUUUGCAGUAGAAAUUCCGGUCGCCGGAGGUUCUUUUGCUUACCUGAGAGUAGAAUUAGGAGACUUUGCGGCAUUUAUAGCAGCAGGGAAUAUACUGCUUGAAUCCAUUGUGGGAACUGCAGCUGUUGCUAGAUCCUGGACUUCUUAUUUCACGACUCUUUUGAAUCGACACCCGAACUCAUUACGUAUACAUACAAAUCUCACAAAUGGGUUCAACCUCCUUGACCCUAUUGCUGUUGUAGUUCUGGCAAUUGCAGCCACCCUAGCCAUGAUCAGCACAAGGAAAACUUCAUACUUCAACUGGAUUGCAUCUGCUAUAAACACCAUAGUAAUUUUCUUUGUGAUAAUUGCAAGGUUUGCUCAUGCUGAUACGACUAAUUUGCAACCCUUUAUGCCUCAUGGUGCUGAAGGGGUCUUCCAAGCAGCAGGAAUUGUGUAUUUUGCUUAUGGAGGAUUUGACAAUAUUGCGACAAUGGCAGAGGAAACAAAAAAACCAUCAAGAGAUAUUCCACUCGGGUUGCCUGGAUCAAUGUCAAUGAUCACUGUGAUAUACUGUUUGAUGGCACUUGCUCUGAGUAUGCUGCAGAAAUACACCGAUAUAGACACAAGUGCAGCAUACUCUGUUGUAUUUCAGAGUGUAGAGAUGAAGUGGGCUAAGUACCUGGUUGCUCUUGGAGCCCUCAAAGGGAUGACCACUGUUCUGUUAGUAGGAGCACUAGGGCAGGCACGCUAUACUACUCAUAUUGCGCGAGCCCACAUGAUUCCACCGUGGUUUGCUCUCGUCCACCCAAAGACAGGAACCCCUAUUAAUGCCACUCUCUUAAUUACCAUUUCAAGUGCCAUUAUUGCAUUCUUUUCAAGCUUGAAUCAGUUGACAAGUUUGUUAUCAGUCAGCACACUCUUUAUAUUCAUGAUGAUGGCAGUGGCACUUCUUGUGAGGAGAUACUAUGAACGAGGAAUAACUCCUCGAGCAAACCUCUUGAAGCUAGUUGCCUUCUUGCUGAUCAUUAUUGCUUCCUCCAUGGGGACUUCAGCAUUUUGGGGAUUGAACCCCAAAGGUUGGAUUGGUUACACCAUCACCGUUCCUCUGUGGUUCUUGGGGACCUUGGGGAUUGCAAUUUCUCUGCCACAGCAACGAACACCAAAAUUCUGGGGAGUUCCACUUAUUCUGUGGUUGCCAUCCUUGUCAAUUGCAACAAAUUUGUUUCUCAUGGGAUCAUUGGGAUCUCAGGCUUUUAUAAGGUUCGGCGUCUGCACAUUUGUAAUGCUGGUCUACUAUGUUCUUUUUGGUCUCCAUGCAACAUAUGACAUGGCCCAUCAGCAACACAAGCUAGAAUCACAAAAAAAUCUUCAAGAAGUAGACAUGGAAAAAGCAGGGCCAUAAGAAGUUAAAUUACCCAAUGCCACUUCAAUAGUUCAUCCAAGAAUGCAGUCCUGAGACUGAAAAUAUAUGUACUUAUGUAGCAUCAA